CUAAAAGGAAAUAUGGGCUCAAUUUACAAGCUCAGAAGCUGCCUGUUUAUUCUGUAUCUUCUUCGUCGCUCUCGCACAUCCUCCAACACACAGAAACUAGAAACAAAGUUGCGGAUUUUGGGCGACAUGAUAAAAUUGAUUAGCAACUAAUAUUGGUCAAUGAUGACGGUUUUUUCUGGCUUGCUGCCAAAUUAUUCAGGUUUAAAGCUUCAUGCCAGUCAUCCUGGACUAAUAUUCCAGACUCAAAGAUGUAAUGGGAUCAGAUUUGGUAGGUGCAAUCCAGUUCAGCUAUUUUCGAAGAGGAUUCCUCGUAUGAGAACUCGACAUCUACCAUUAAAGCACUGGGGUGGUGACCGUGCUGUGCACGUUGGAAGUGAUCAUCACCAGUUGAGCUAUGAUGAUGACCUAUCUGAAGAAGAGCCCUUUUGGCUCACUCUGGUUAAAGAAGCCAUCUGGGCCUUAAGAUCUCUAUUUGUGUUUCUAGCUGAGCAGCCUAACCAGCUGAAGUACAUAGAGUGGCCAAGCUUCCAAAGCACGCUCAAGACAGCUGUUCUCACACUCAUUCUCGUAGCAAUUUUCAUUGUGGCACUAUCAUCAGUUGACUAUGCUCUCAGCUAUAUGUUGGCUAUUCUAUUGAAGAGAGCACCAUGAAAGUUGGAAUUAUAUCUCAAAGACACUGUUUAUGAAUAGAAAGUUUCAACCUGAAGUUGCAGAUAUAUGUAAAUACGCCGAUGAUACAUUGUAGCAGAACUUUUCUCUAAUUCAGUGGACAGGGAUACCUGCUCUGCAGUUUUGCUGCUGAAAGGAGAGAAAAUGGAUGAAUUACUUUUGAAGUUGAUUGAUGGAUAAACAUUUCUGGUUCCAUUUUCCACUAUUUUGCAAACUUCUUAGGAUUCAUGGGCAGGAUGAUUGAAUAGUUUUCCGCCUUUUUAGCCCAGAAUCCACCAUUCUAUGGAUUUUCAAAUUGGUUCAUGAAGGAUUCUGGGUAUAAAGCAUUGUUAAGAAUCAUGAGUACUGAAAUUCGAGUAUUAUUGUAAGGCAGUCUGUUAUGUUGAGGAUUCACCAUUAGAGGAAAGAGAGAGUUUGUUAUUUUGA